GAAAUGGAGUCAUUGAGAUGGAGAUUACAAAGCUCUUUGUGCUCAAUACCUCUGAUUUCGUUUUCUCGUUUGUGGUUCAAAAUCCCGGGUUUGCACAAAAAGCGGCAGCUGUAAGCAUCGAGGUGUCUGGAGGGUUGAAUUUGCCGAGACAAAAGAUGAACUUCGGCACAAGCGACCUGAUGCUGUAUCCUCUUGUGGUGACUGGUCCGACCUUUGUGACCUCUGAGAUUGGUCAGUCCACAAGUUUCCCUUCAUACAACAAUCAGAUCACUGUAACAUUCAGCGCCAAUAUCAAGUUGACGGAGGGCUCCAUCAUCACCCUGUCUUCUCUAGGAAAGAAUGUGACUGCUUCAUGGAUGCCUCUUGACACAGUGAAUCUGACUGGCGACUCCUCAUACUUCUCUGAUAGCCCCGGUGGAAGCGAUUCUAAAGGCAUUCUGAACAGCCUCACGGAGACGCUCAAGCUGUUCGUUCUCAAACCCAUCGAUGCGUUCCAAACCAUCGUGAUCUCCUUCAACGUCACCAAUCCGGGAUGUUUCCGUCCUGCUGCUGAUGUGUGUAUUGCGGCCAGUAACAUCUUGACAGAGAAUUGUCCGCACAACGCAACGAUCGAACGAUCGCAGAUCAAGGUUCGAAAUGAUCCAUUCCUUACCCUCCGACCCGAGAUCCUGAGCAGCACGAUUGAACAUUCGAACCCCUGGCCCUUACAGGCGAACACCAUUACUUUGAAUUUCAAACUGAAUGUCGAUGCAAUG